GCCCCUGCCUCCUCCUCCGCGUCACCGGCUCCCCGAGUUGACCACAACAUGGCUGCGGCGCCUGGGCUGCUCGUCUGGCUGCUCGUGCUCGGGCUGCCCUGGCGGGUGCCGGGCCCGCUGAACCCCAGCACUGGCCGGCGCUUCUCGGAGCACAAACUCUGCGCGGACGACGAAUGCAGCAUGUUAAUGUACCGCGGUGAGGCUCUUCAAGAUUUCACAGGCCCGGAUUGUCGUUUUGUGAAUUUUAAAAAAGGUGAUCCUGUAUAUGUUUACUAUAAACUGGCAAGAGGAUGGCCUGAAGUUUGGGCUGGAAGUGUUGGACACAUUUUUGGAUAUUUCCCAAAAGAUUUAAUCCAGGUAGUCCAUGAAUAUACCAAAGAAGAGCUACAAAUUCCAACAGAUGAGACGGAUUUUGUUUGUUUUGAUGGAGGACGAGAUGAUUUUCAUAAUUAUAAUGUAGAAGAACUUUUAGGGUUUUUGGAACUGUACAAUUCUGCAGCUACAGAUUCUGAGAAAGCUGUAGAAAAAACUUCACAGUAUAUGGAAAAAAACCCUGAAUUAGCUAAGGAAAGGGAACCUGAACCUGAACCAGUAGAAGCCAACUCAGAGGAAAGUGAUAGUGUAUUCUCAGAAAACACUGAGGAUCUUCAGGAACAGUUUACAACUCAGAAGCACCACUCCCAUGCAAACAGCCAAGCAGAUCAUGCUCAGGGAGAGCAGCCUUCAUUUGAAUCUUUUGAAGAAAUGCUGCAAGAUAAACUAAAAGUGCCAGAAAGUGAAAACAACAAAACCAGCAAUAGUUGUCAGGUCUCAAAUGAACAGGAUAAGAUUGAUGCCUAUAAACUUUUGAAAAAAGAAAUGACUUUAGACUUGAAAACCAAAUUUGGCUCAACAGCUGAUGCACUUGUAUCUGAUGAUGAGACAACCAGACUCGUUACUUCAUUAGAAGAUGAUUUUGAUGAGGAAUUGGAUGCUGAGUAUUAUGCAGUUGGAAAGGAGGAUGAGGAGAACCAAGAAGACUUUGAUGAAUUGCCAUUACUUACCUUUACAGAUGGGGAAGAUAUGAAAACUCCAGCAAAGUCUGGAGUUGAGAAAUAUCCAACAGAUAAAGAGCAGAAUUCAAAUGAAGAGGACAAGGUUCAGCUAACUGUGCCCCCUGGCAUCAAAAAUGAUGAUAAAAAUAUACUAACAACCUGGGGGGACACUAUCUUCUCUAUUGUCACAGGAGGUGAAGAAAAAAGAGAUACGAUGGAUUUAGAGAGCUCUAGUUCAGAGGAAGAAAAAGAAGAUGAUGAUGAUGCAUUAGUCCCAGAUAGCAAACAGGGGAAACCACAGUCAGCAACAGAUUAUAGUGACCCUGACAAUGUAGAUGAUGGUCUUUUUAUUGUAGACAUUCCUAAAACAAAUAAUGACAAAGAAGUAAACACAGAACAUCACAUUAAAGGAAAAGGGAGGGGAGUUCAGGAAUCCAAGAGGGGCCUGGUACAAGAUGAGACAGAAUUAGAGGAUGAAAAUCAAGAAGGCAUGACUGUGCACAGUUCUGUUCACAGCAAUAACCUCAACUCUGUGCCAGCUGCUGAAAAGAGUAAAGACACAUUAAAAUCAGCUUAUGAUGAUAAAGAAAAUGACCUAAAAGGAGCAGCUAUUCAUAUCUCAAAAGGAAUGCUCCACGAAGAAAAGCCUGGAGAGCAGAUUUUGGAAGGUGGCUCAGAGAGUGAAUCUGCACAGAAGACUACAGGGAAUCAAAUGAAUGACAGAAAGAUUCAACAGGAAUGCUUGGGUAGUGCACCACUCAUGGGAGAUAACUACCCUAACGCAUCCAGAGACAGUGUGGAGGGAGACGCUUUGGUAAAUGGGGCCAAACUGCACACGCUUUUAGUGGAGCAUCAACAUGAGGAAUUGAAAGAGGAAUUAGUUCUUAAAACUCAAAACCAACCUAGAUUCUCCUCUCCAGAUGAGAUUGAUUUGCCCAGAGAACUGGAAGACGAGGUUCCCAUUCUGGGAAGAAAUCUUCCCUGGCAACAAGAAAGAGAUGUGGCUGCCACAGUCAAUAAGCAAACGAGUGAGAAGAUAAGGCUCUCUGAGGGAGAAGCCAAAGAGGACUCCUUGGAUGAAGAGUUUUUUCAUCACAAGGCAAUGCAGGGCAUAGAGGUAGGACAGACAGACCAAACUGACAGCACAGGAGGACCAGCUUUCCUUUCUGAAGUAGAAGAGGAUGAUUAUCCCUCUGAAGAACUGCUAGAGGAUGAAAAUGCUAUAAAUGCAAAACCAUCUAAAGAAAAAAACCCUCGGAACCAGGGCAGGCAGUUUGAUGUUAAUCUGCAAGUCCCUGACAGAGCAGUUUUAGGGACCAUUCAUCUAGAUCCAGAAAUUGAAGAAAGCAAGCAAGAAACUAGUAUGAUUUUGGAUAGUGAAAAAAAAAGUGAGACUGCUGCCAAAGGGGUCAACACAGGAGGCAGGGAACCAAAUACAAUGAUGGAAAAAGAACGCCCUCUGGCAGAUCAGAAAGCACAGAGACCAUUUGAAGGAAGUGACUUUUCUGACAGCAUAAAAACUCAGACUCCAGAAUUAGGUGAAGUGUUUCAGAAUAAAGAUUCUGAUUAUCUGAAGAACGACAACCCUGAGGAACAUCUGAAGACCUCAGGGCUUGCAGGGGAGCCUGAGGGAGAAAUCUCAAAAGAGGACCAUGAAAACACAGAGAAAUACAUGGGCACAGAAAGCCAGGGGUCUGCUGCUGCAGACCCUGAAGAUGACUCGUUCCGCUGGACUCCACAUACAAGUGUAGAGGCAGAGCAUAGUGACAAGAGGGAGGACUUACUUAUCAUAAGCAGCUUCUUUAAAGAACAACAGUCUUUGCAGCGGUUCCAGAAGUACUUUAAUGUCCAUGAGCUGGAAGCCUUGCUACAAGAAAUGUCAUCAAAACUGAAGUCAGCGCAGCAGGAGAGCCUGCCCUAUAAUAUGGAAAAAGUCCUAGAUAAAGUCUUCCGUGCUUCUGAGUCACAAAUUCUGAGCAUAGCAGAAAAAAUGCUUGAUACUCGUGUGGCCGAAAAUAGAGAUCUGGGAAUGAAGGAAAAUAACAUAUUUGAAGAGGCUGCAGUGCUUGAUGACAUUCAAGACCUCAUCUAUUUUGUCAGGUACAAGCACUCCACAGCAGAGGAGACAGCCACACUGGUGAUGGCACCACCUCUAGAGGAAAGCUCGGGUGGAGCAAUGGAAGAGAUGCAACCACUGCAUGAAGAUAAUUUCUCACAAGAGAAGACAGCAGAACUUAAUAUGCAGGUUCCUGAAGAACCCACCCACUUGGACCAACGUGUGAUUGGGGACACUCAUGCCUCAGAAGUGUCACAGAAGCCAAAUACUGAGAAAGACUUGGACUCAGGGCCAGUUACAACAGAAGACACUCCUAUGGAUGCUAUUGAUGCAAACAAGCAACUAGAGACAGCCGCCGAAGAGCCGGCAAGUGUCACACCUUUGGAAAACGCAAUCCUUCUAAUAUAUUCAUUCAUGUUUUAUUUAACUGAGUCGUUAGUUGCUACAUUGCCUGAUGAUGUUCAGCCUGGGCCUGAUUUUUAUGGACUGCCAUGGAAACCUGUACUUAUCACUGCCUUCUUGGGAAUUGCUUCGUUUGCCGUUUUCUUAUGGAGAACUGUCCUUGUUGUGAAGGAUAGAGUAUAUCAAGUCACGGAACAGCAAAUUUCUGAGAAGUUGAAGACUAUCAUGAAAGAAAAUACAGAACUUGUACAAAAAUUGUCAAAUUAUGAACAGAAGAUCAAGGAAUCAAAGAAACAUGUUCAGGAAACCAGGAAACAAAAUAUGAUUCUCUCUGAUGAAGCAAUUAAAUUUAAGGAUAAAAUCAAGACACUUGAAAAAAAUCAGGAAAUUCUGGAUGACACAGCUAAAAAUCUUCGUGUUAUGCUAGAAUCUGAGAGAGAACAGAAUGUCAAGAAUCAGGACUUGAUAUCAGAAAACAAGAAAUCUAUAGAGAAGUUACAGGAUGUUAUUUCAAUGAAUGCCUCAGAAUUUUCAGAGGUUCAGAUUGCACUUAAUGAAGCUAAGCUUAGUGAAGAGAAGGUGAAGUCUGAAUGCCAUCGGGUUCAAGAAGAAAAUGCUAGGCUCAAGAAGAAAAAAGAGCAGUUGCAGCAGGAAAUCGAAGACUGGAGUAAAUUACAUGCUGAGCUCAGUGAGCAAAUCAAAUCAUUUGAGAAGUCUCAGAAAGAUCUGGAAGUAGCUCUUACUCACAAGGAUGAUAAUAUUAAUGCAUUGACUAACUGCAUUACACAGUUGAAUCUGUUAGAAUGUGAAUCUGAAUCUGAGGGUCAAAAUAAAGGUGGAAAUGAUUCAGAUGAAUUAGCAAAUGGAGAAGUGGGAGGUGACCGGAAUGAGAAGAUGAAAAAUCAAAUUAAGCAGAUGAUGGAUGUCUCUCGGACACAGACUACAAUAUCGGUAGUUGAAGAGGAUCUAAAGCUUUUACACCUUAAGCUAAGAGCCUCCGUGUCCACUAAAUGUAACCUGGAAGACCAGAUAAAGAAAUUGGAAGAUGACCGCAACUCACUACAAGCUGCCAAAGCUGGACUGGAAGAUGAAUGCAAAACCUUGAGGCAGAAAGUGGAGAUUCUGAAUGAACUCUAUCAGCAGAAGGAGAUGGCUUUGCAAAAGAAACUGAGUCAAGAAGAGUAUGAACGGCAAGAAAGAGAGCACAGGCUGUCAGCUGCAGAUGAAAAGGCAGUUUCGGCUGCAGAAGAAGUAAAAACUUACAAGCGGAGAAUUGAAGAAAUGGAGGAUGAAUUACAGAAGACAGAGCGGUCAUUUAAAAACCAGAUCGCUAACCAUGAGAAGAAAGCUCAUGAAAACUGGCUCAAAGCUCGUGCUGCAGAAAGAGCUAUAGCUGAAGAGAAAAGGGAAGCUGCCAACUUGAGGCACAAAUUAUUAGAAUUAACACAAAAGAUGGCAAUGCUGCAAGAAGAACCUGUGAUUGUAAAACCAAUGCCAGGAAAACCAAAUACACAAAACCCUCCACGGAGAGGUCCUCUGAGCCAGAAUGGCUCUUUUGGCCCAUCCCCUGUGAGUGGUGGAGAAUGCUCCCCUCCAUUGACAGUGGAGCCACCUGUGAGACCUCUCUCUGCUACUCUCAAUCGAAGAGAUAUGCCUAGAAGUGAAUUUGGAUCAGUGGACGGGCCUCUACCUCAUCCUCAAUGGUCAGCUGAGGCAUCUGGGAAACCCUCUCCUUCUGAUCCAGGAUCUGGUACAGCUACCAUGAUGAACAGCAGCUCAAGAGGCUCUUCCCCUACCAGGGUACUCGAUGAAGGCAAGCAAACUGUUCUCCAAGAGCCUGAAGUCCCCUCAGUUCCCAGCAUUACAUCUUUGGCUGAGUGUCCAGUAGCAGUUAAUAUGGCUCCAAAAGGGCCCCCUCCUUUCCCAGGAGUCCCUCUCAUGAGCACCCCCAUGGGAGGCCCUGUACCACCACCCAUUCGAUAUGGACCACCACCUCAGCUCUGUGGACCUUUUGGGCCUCGGCCAUUUCCUCCACCCUUUGGCCCUGGUAUGCGUCCACCACUAGGCUUAAGAGAAUUUGCACCAGGCGUUCCACCAGGAAGACGGGACCUGCCUCUCCACCCUCGGGAAUUUUUACCUGGACACGCACCAUUUAGACCUUUAGGUUCAUUUGGCCCAAGAGAGUACUUUAUUCCUGGUACCCAAUUACCACCCCCAACCCAUGGUCCCCAGGAAUACCCACCACCACCUGCUGUAAGAGACUUACUGCCGUCAGGCUCUAGAGAUGAGCCUCCACCUGCCUCUCAGAGCACUAGUCAGGACUGUUCACAGGCUUUAAAACAGAGCCCAUAAAACUAUGACCUCUGAGAUUUCAUUGGAGAGAAAUUGUACUGUGCAUUAUUCAUUACAGUAAAGGAUUUCAUUGGCUUCAAAAUCCAAAAGUUUAUUUUAAAAGAUUUGUUGUUAGAACUAAGCUGCCUUGGCAGUGUGCAUUUUUGAGCCAAACAAUUCAAAAAUGUCAUUUCUUCCCUAAAUAAAAAUCACCUUUUAAGCUAGAGCGUCCUUACAACUUUGAAAUGUGCAAUAAAGAAUACCUGUGUUUUAGCUAAUGUAGCAUAUGUAACUGCAAAAUGAUUUAGAAUGUCAUGAAAAAUAUGAACAUUUCCUGUGGAAAUGCUUUAAGAACAUGUAUUUCCAUUAUCCUAUUUUUAGUGUACACCAGCUGAAUACAGAGCAAUGGUGUUUAUAAGCGUUUUUUUUUAAACUAUCUGGUCACAAAGACUGUUACGCUAAAAAUGUUUACUAAAAGAUCACUAAACUAUCUCCCCUCUUGCUGAAGUUAUUUGUAGUAACAGCUCAUAAAAAUUUGUUUAUUAAUAUUU